AUGGUCGCGCUGUGCGAUAGCGAAGGGUGGGGCCUUUUGAUGGUCCAGCUUCCUGGCAAGAUGCCGUCAGCUGAAACAGAGGAUGACGGGGUGGUGGAGGUUUCGUCGGAUGAUUCCAGCCAGGAUCAGAGUCCAGAAGGAGGACGGUUGCCCGUCGGUUUGGAAGUCGAGCACGGAUUUCCGUCGUUUCCCUCCGCCGAUAUCCCGCAGGUGCGGCAGCUGGAGGAGGGCUUGCGCGGGUCAUGGCACCCGGCGGCGGUGGUGGGCGUGGAAGACGGCUGGCGCGUCGUGCAGUACCAGGAGCUUAUCACAGACGAUCUCUCCGAGCCGCUCGUCGAAGCCAUUCCUCUCGCGUCCUACUUUACCUCGGGAACUCCGCACCAGGCUCCACCACCCGACUCCCCGUGGAAAACUCUGAUCGAGUCGGCAAUCGCGAAAUUCGCGAAGCUGGUAACGGCGGGCGGGGCGAACGGCCGCGCGGUGAAGCCGGUGCUGCGGCCGCGCCCGCCGCAGGAGCACGUGCCGUCGUACAGGCGGUGGCGCGCGGGCGCGCCGGUGGACAUGCUGUGCAACGACGCGUGGUGGGAGGGGUUUCUCCUCGCGGACGUCGUUCGCGUCGGCAAGCGCACGGAAGUACCCGUUGAAUUCCCCGACGAAGCGACGUCGGAAUCGGUUGCGAUCGGUUUGUUGCGGUUCGGGCAGGAUUGGAACGAGCGCACGGGCGAGUGGCACCCGCGGAAGGUGGAGGGGGUUGCGGCGAGGAUUGCGGGUGGAAGCGGCAGUGCGGGCUGCGAGAACGGCAUAGCGAGACUUAGCUUGAAGCCGCGCGGUGAUGGCAGAGGGGUUGAGAACGGUGCGGUUAGCAGUGAGCGCGCGCACGAGCGGACAGCCUCGAUAAUACCGGAAGCAGGGGAUGGUAUAGAUGGAGGCUCCGAAGCAGCGCCCGAUGCUGCUGCAGCCCACACUCCCAAGGCGGCCUCUGGUGGCCCGGAUGCCACUGCUAGGGCAGACAUGGGGCGUUAUAGCGGUGGAAAGAAGAUCAGGCACAGGGACUUAGGGUUAGGGUUAGGGUUGGGUCACGGUGCGGGUGCAGGCACGGGCCUGGGCGUGCUGCAUUCACGGGGCGCAGGGUCGCAGCACGUACGAGAGGUGAACGAAGUGUCUGAUGUGAGCCAGGCGAGAGAAGGGAGAGGGUUGAGAGACGGCAGAGUGGCGGGAGAGGCGGGAGAGGCGAGUGGGGUGAAUCUGCACGAGGCUGGGUCGCCCUUGGACAGGGUUGCGCCGAGGGGAAAGCGCGUGACGGAGCAGAAGAGAGUGAGCAUGGGCGGAGAGGGAACGUCAGGGGGAAAGCAGGCGGUGGUUGAGGGCAGCGCGGGGAGGCGGAGGGAGGGCGCAUUUGUGAUCGGCAAGGGGACCAAGGCGCAGGGCAGCAGAGGCAGGGCGCGGCAGCUCCGCGUGAGAGAGGCCCCUGGGGCAGCGGACGAGGCAGCAGGGGAGGUACCCGGAGGUGGGUUUGCCCCGGACUCCGCGGAGCACGCAGGCGGCGCGGACGCUCCGCCUGCGCGCAGGGCUCCCGCGCACAAGAAGCACUCCAUAGCGAAGGUGUACCCGCCUGGGAGGGACCUAGCGCGGCUGAUAGACCAAGGGCUGGUGAGGGACGGCGAGGCAGUCGAGUAUAGGGACAUGCGGGAGCGGCGCGCACUCAAGAGCGGGCGGCUGUCGCGGCAGGGCGUGACGUGCGACUGCUGCGGACGCAUGUUUAACCUCUCUGGGUUUGAGGCGCACACAGGGGUUACGUAUAGGCGGCCCGCGGCGAAUAUGUUUCUGGAGGACGGGCGGACGCUGGCUGUGUGUAAGAUGGAGGCGGAGAGGAGCGCGUACGGGGGAGGCGCAGGCGCAGGCACAGGCGCAAGCGCUGCCAGGGGUGGUGGAGGGGGUGGGGUGGCUGUGGGGAAUGGCACAGUGAGAGAGGCAGGCGGAAGGGGAGUGGCGGGUGGUGGGCAGGAGGAGGGGAAGGGGGAAGGGGCGGCGAGGAAGGUGGUCAGGGUGAAGGGGCUGGGGUCCAAGGUGAAAGGGGCGGGUGGGGAGGGGGGCGGGGAGGGCGCGGAAGGGGAGGGGGGAGCGGGGGAACGGAGUGACUACAGUGAUGUGCUGUGUAGGCUGUGUGUGUCCCAUUCUCGUGCCUCCUGCUUGCCCCUCUCAUCCCCUCGGCAUACGAACCCUGUAAUCUUGUCGUCCGUGUUUAUGAUCUCCUCCCCAUCCCCCCACCUCCCCAUCCCCCCACCUCCCCAUCCCCCCACCUCCCCAUCCCCCCACCUCCCCAUCCCCCCACCUCCCCAUCCCCCCACCUCCCCAUCCCCCCACCUCCCCAUCCCCCCACCUCCCCAUCCCCCCACCUCCUCACCCCCCCACCUCCUCAUCCCCCGACCUCUCCAUCUUCCCACCUCCCCAUCCCCCCACCUCUCCAUCCCCUCACUUCCCCAUCUUCCCACCUUCCCAUCCCCUCACUUUCCCAACCCCUCGCCUUCCCAUCUCCCCGUGGGUGGCGAGCAGGCGCUGCCAGGGGGCAACUGGGACAUGGGGUGGGCGGAUCUCAAGGAGCUCCCCACCGGCCGUUUCUUCUGCCGCCCGCAGUGCCGCACUGUGUUUUUUGGCCUGCAGCGCCUCAUAGGCAAGCCCAUCUCCCUCCCGGGCGGCUUCUCCUGGACGCUUCUGCACGCGGAGGGCCCGCGCAGCGAGGCAGGGUCAGUGACCAAGGAGGAGCGGCGGCACGACAGCCUGCUGAGAGAGCGGACGGGCGAGGCGGAGAGGAAGCUGCGGUGUGGCAUGGAGGUGAUGAGGGAGUGCUUCCAUCCCAUCAAGGAUGCCUUCACCGGGGAAGACCUCGUUCCCAUCAUCGUGCAAAGCAAGAGCACAAAGCACCGGGACUACUCGGGGUUCUACACAGCAGUGCUGCAGCAGGGCAAGGAGUCCAUCACUGCCGCCAGCAUCAGGGUGUACGGCUGUGAGUUAGCAGAGAUGCCGCUGAUAGGCACGCGUUUCCGAUACCGCCGCCAGGGCAUGUGCCGCCGCCUGCUGCAGCAGAUAGAGCAUCUGCUCGCCUCCCUCGGGGUCCGCAGGUUCCUCCUGCCAGCUGUCCCCGAGGCCGAUGCCACGUGGCGCCAGGGCUUUGGCUUUGCUGACAUGUCAGCGGAGGGGCGGCGGCAGCUGCUACAGCUGGACGUGCUCGUGUUCCCCGGGACGGCGGUUUUGGAGAAGGCGCUGCCGGUCCUGCCGCCCGCUGCCGCCCCUGCCGCCCUGCCGCCCCUUGUGGCUGGGCCGGCUGGGCAGUGGAAGCUGGGGUCGGGAGGGAGAGGGGCGGGAGGGGCGGGUGGACCAGCAGCAGGGGGGGCGGGGGGGGUGAGGGCGGCAGGGGCGGUGGUUGGGGGGGGACUGGGGGGCAGGAGGGGGACGGGGAGGGGCGGGGGGAAGCUGAUGCUGCCUGGGCGGAAGGGCGCAGGGAGGGGGUUGGGGCGGGGAGGGAAGUUUAGCCUGAGGGGCAAGGCGCUGGGGGUGCAAGGGGGAGGGGUGAGGGCGAAAGAAGGGGUGGGGGAGGGGUUGGUGUUGGAGCAUAUGUGGGCGUCUAAGGGAGUGAACGGGCACAGGCGAGUGAAGAAACUCAAAGUGAAGCUCAAACUCGAAGCAGACCCACACCAGUCUCAACCGCAACCCAUCUCACUGCACCCACACACGCUCCCACUCGCCCCUCCACUCCCCCCAAGCCCAGCUCUCCCAUCUCCCUCUGCCCGUCACUCUGCUCUCCCUCCCACCCCUCACACCCCCCCACUCCCCGCCACUUCCCCCGGGAAACACCAUAAGGGAGGGGGGAGAGUGCUCCCCCCCCUGAGAAUCCACCCCUUGCCAGAGGAUCUGCGGUGGCGGGGAGGAGAGGGGGAGAUUCGGCUGGUGAAAUACAAGAACUGGCCGGCUAGUGUGCUGCGGCAGAGGCACAAGCAGCGGCUGGCGCAUUUGGAGGGGUUGGGAAAGGUGGGAGCGGGUGUGGAGCUGUUGAGUGUGGUGGUGGGGUAUGUGGGGCUGCCGUGGCGCGUGCUGCAGUGGGGGGGAGAAGGGGCGGAGUGGGUGGGCGGAAGGGAGGACGAGGAGGGUCAAGAAGAAGGCACCAGUGCUGCUGCCUCUGCCGCUGCUGCUGGCACAGGUGAGUAUAGCGCUGCUGCCAGUGGCAGCGGGGAGGGUGCUUCUGCCGCCGCUGCUCCUGGCAGCACGGGUGCUAGUGAGCUGGUGUGGGGGGUGGAGAAGGCAUAUGUGGACGCGCCACCAUGUCAGCACCAUCGCACGUUGCCUUUGAGCAACCUGUACAAGCAGUUGACCUCGGCAGCAGAAGGCGGUGAGGUCAAGGCCUUGGAGCUGGUGCCUCUGCCAGCUGAGCCUCCCGCUCCUGGCUCCACUGAUGUGCCUCUCCCUUCUCCCCCUGCUAUGCUCACUGCUCUCCCUUCUUCCCCUGCAAUGCUUACUGCUCUCCCCUCUGUUGUUGCAAUGCCAGCUGCAUUGCCUGCCCCUGCCCUGCCCGAUGCCCUGCCUGCUGCUUUGCCUGCUGAAGCCUCGGUGGCUGUGUGUGUGGCUCCAACAAUGCCUGGGGUACUUGCAACAGGGGCAGGUUGUGUGGUUGAUGGGGCUGUGGGUGGGGAGCGGUAUGACGCGGUUGAGGUGAAAGCAGAGGAGAAGACUGAGGGGGAGGCAGAGGGGAACGGGGUGAGGGAGGUUGAAGGGAGUGCAGAAAGGGAAGCAGCUGGGAAUGGAGAGAAAGGAGUAGAGGGUGAGGAUGAGGGAAAAGCAGAGAUUAGAGCAGCAGACGGGGAUGCAAAGGGGAGGCAGCUGCGCGGGAGGGGUGAAGGAGCAUUGGCUGCGGUUAGGAGUGGUGCGAAGCGGUGGAGCGAGCAGCAGGGGCAGAGAAAGGCAGCACGGCAGUCCCCCAGGCUGGCAGAGUUGGGGGCGGAGAAACAACUCAAGGCAGGCAAAGUGAUGAAAACGACCAACAUGGGCAAGACAAGUCAUAUGUGCAAGUCUGGCAAGGCGAGCGGCAUGAGUCACAUGGUUCUUACCAAUACGAACAACACCAGCAACGCGAACAACGCGAGCAUUGCAGGCAAUAUGAGUAAUAUGGGUGAUGAAUGUGAGGCGGUGGUGCCGAGUAGGGAGUGGGGCAAGGAGGGGCGGCGAGGGCCCAUGCUGGUGGUGAUCGCUCUUGAGGCGCCUGAACGCGUGGAGGGGCCACAGGAUGCUGCGUAUUGGGCUCAGGUGGAGGAGGAUGCGAGGCGGUGCAGUGCGGUGGACGAGGGUGAGGGAACGGGGGAUGUGGGGCGAGAGAGGGGAGAGGAGGGAGAGGGAGGAGAGGGGGAAGAGGGGGGAGAAUCGGGAGAGGAGAAAGAGGGAGGGCCACCUGUUGGGGCUGGUGGGAGAGGUGGGGAUGGGGAGGACGAGGGAGGGAUGGUGGAUGCGAAAGCAGUUGCAGGAGCACGGAAAGGCAGAGCAGCAGCAGAAGCAGGUGGGGCAGGCGAGGGGGCGGAGGGUGGUGAGGCCGCAGAACCAGUGCGCACACCAUCAGCAGCAGCAGCAGCAGCCGGGGCGCGAGAUGAAGCAGGGAGGCGGGGGGCGGCAGGGGUGGCAGCAAGGGUCGCGGGAGGGGAGCGAGUGAGGGUGAGGGCGGAGGCGCUGCAGCGGGUGGUGCGCACGUUUGGCAUCGAGGAGAUGUGGCGUGCUGUGCCUGUGGAGGUGAUUCUCAGAGCGCAUGGGGCAGAUGGGGAGGAUGGGGUAGAUGGAGCGGAUGAGAUGGGUGGGAUGGGUGGGGCAGAUGUGGUGGAUGAGAUGGGAAUGAUGGGUGUGGUGGAUGGGGGGGAUGGGUUGGAUGAAGUGGGUAAGGCAGAGCAGCUGCUGUUAGAGGGGUCGCAUGGGGAAGAGAGGGAGCUGAGUACGGUUCAGAGCGGUGGUGGCGCUGUGUGGAGGUCUGUGCCUGACACGCCGCCGCCUGAGCUUUUCCUGCCGCCCAUCGGGCGGCGUCCUUUGGCUUUCCAGUUGCCGCCCAGUGCCUUUGAGGAUUCACCCAUUGCCACACCAUGUGCACUGCAGCACUCUCAGAUGACACCUAUAUCCCAGAUGACACCUGCCUAUCAGAUCACACCUGACUAUCAGAUGACACCUGCCUCUCAGAUGACACCUGCCUCUCAGAUGACACCUGCCUCUCACGUAACACCUGCCUCUCAGAUGACACCUGCCUCUCAGAUGACACCUGCCUCCCAGAUGACACCUGCCUCUCCGAUAGUAGCAGCGAGAGGAGAGGAGCCCACAGUAGGUGGUGAUUACUGUGUGGUUGGCAGAGAGGAGGGUGAGGGGAGGAGAGGGGGUGAUGGGGAGGCAGGGGAAGCGGAGGGCAGCGCGAAUGCAAGCCAGCUGCUUCCAGCCUGUGUGGCUCGUGAUGCCUCCCCUGAUGCACCUGAGAAUGUGGCACCUGAGAGUGUGGCACCUGAAGCUGUGGCACCUGAAGCUGUGGCACCUGAAGCUGUGGCACCUGAAGCUGUGGCACUCGAAGGUGUGGCACUCGAAGCUAGCGCAGUCAUUGCCAUGCUUCCUGCGCCACUGCCCCCAUCAAAUUCCCCUCCGCCUCCCCACUCCCCUUCGGCACAUCUUCCCCAGCCCUUAUCACUUCCACCCACUGACCAAUCCGUUCCCCCCCAAUCGCCACUCGCUCUCUUUCCCCCAUCCCCCACCGCAACCCCCUUCCCCCCGCUGCUCCCCCUCAGCUUCCCCUGGCUUCUCCUUCCCGGCACCUCCAUCCCGCCCAACCUUGCUUGGCGCCAGUCCUCCCGCCCAGUGCCCCUCGUGUGGGCGGCAAGCAGCGGCAGGCAGGGGGAGGGCGUGAGGGGCGCGGGGGAGGAUGGGGCAGGCGAGGGGGACGAGGGGGACGAGGCAGGGGCGAGAGGGGCGGGAGGGGAGGGGGAAGAGAGGAGGCGGAGGGGCGGGGGUGCGCACGUGGGGGGCGAGGGGUGGGUGUAUGGCGUGGAGGAGGAGUGGGUUCCCACCAGUGCCGUGUGCCGCAGGCGGCGAUCCGAGUCGACUCGACGGGCUCGGGCUGUGGGGGAGAGGCCCUACGGAGAGAGGGUGGGUGUGGCGAGAAUCGAUGGGCUCUCACUGGGACAGCAACAGCAGCAGCGGCAGCAGGAGCACGGGUCGGGUGGCAUGCUCUCUUGGCCUCUCACUGACGGUACUGCUGCUACUGCUGCUGCUGCUGCUGCUGCUGCUGGUGCUGCUGGUGCUGCUGGUGCUGCUGGUGCUACCGCUGGUGCGGUGUGGCAUGCUGGUGGUGUCGGCAGUGUUACUCGCACACCAACCGGUGUGCGGAAGAAACGGCGAGGCAGCAGUGCAGCUGUUAUCGCCGCUGCCUCUGCUUCUGCUUCUGCUGCAGCGUCCCCUGCACCUAAUGUCGCUGCUGACGGCGCCACAGGCAAUGGGAUCGCCAGAGCAGCAGCAGUGUCAGCAGCAGUGACAGUGUCAUCGCCCCUGCCCCAUGCUCACUCCCCUCGUGCCAGCCACCGCACGUGCCGGCAGGGGUGGCGGGUAGCAGGCGGCGCAGCGCGGCUGAUAGCUUAUCGUGGCCGGGAGGUGGGUGAUGGGGAGGGUGGGUCUGAGGAGGGGCGUUUCGAUGGUGCGGGGAAUGCAGGGUUGUUGUACAAGCGGCGCCGGUUGGAUCGGCGGAGGGGAGAGAGGGGUUGCAGUGAGAGUGGGGGGGAUGGCAGCAUGGACACAGGGCCAUUGGAUUCUGACAUGGGGAGGGUAGAGGUGCAUGGUGGUUCUGGAAUGGGAAACGUGGAAGGUGUGGGGGAUGCGGGGGGUGUUGAGAGUGGUGCGGAUGGCGCUCAUUCCGUUGGCGCUGGUGGGAGUGCUGCGACAGCGAGCAGCAGCGGUGUGGAUUUGAUUCUGUCCGCCUCACACAGCUGGAGCAGCAGCCAUGGCGUGUCAGCGGGAGCGGCGCCAUCAGGCAGUGUAGGAGGGACGGAUAAGGGCAGCUGCAGGCAUGUCAUGCUCACGCGUGGGUCACACGGGCAUGUGGCACAGACGCAUGGGCAGGAGGGCCGUGCGUCUCACAUGCACGUGUGUCACACAGAGGCCGUGUCUCGAGAGCGGUCGCUGCUGGCAUGUGUGAAGGACGAGCUCAUGGUGGAGGCUGCCUCGCUGGCCGCUGGUGAGACUUUUGUUGGGGGCCAAGCUCCUUUGACCGAAGCACCAGCAGCAGCAGCGCAAGCAACAGCAGCGCAAGCAGCAGUAGUGCCAUCAACAGGAGCACACGCCCUUUCAGCAGCAGCUUCUCCAUUGGUGCAGAACACAUGUCACGAGGCAUCAGCGCGAGUUGUCUCGGAUGUUAGCCAGCAGCGGCAGCAGUGGGUGGGGAAGGAGGAGCAGCAGGAGGUGGAGGAGCAAGAGCAGCCGGCGGAGGAACGACAGGAGGGCAAGGAGCAAGGGCAGGAGCAGGACCGGCAGCAGCAACAGCAGGAGGAGCAGCAGCAGCAGCAGCAGCAGCAGGCAGCCCGGUUGUCAGCACGAGCAGCCCACCGGUCCACAUUCAAGCUGGAGAGGCUGAGUCUACUCUCCCUCUCUCCUGUUGUGGGCCGCGCCGGGUCUGCAGGCAGUGAGGGGCCGCUAGGGCUGGCAGAGGUGGGCGGGAGGAGACGCAGCAGCAGACUGCUGGAGGGGCAGGGGGGUGGGGAGGAGGGCGAGAAGGGCAAGGCGGGAGGGGAGGAGGGCGAGAAGGGGAAGACGGGAGGGGAGCGGGCAGAGGAAGGGGUGGUGGGAGGGAGGAAUGUGGAGAGUGGUGAGGGGAAGCAGAGGCGGCGAGUGGGGGUGGUGGGGGGUGAUGGUGUGGCAAGAGGGGGCGGUGCUGGUGCUGCUGGUACGGGGGAGGUGAGAGGGAAGGGGCAGAGCAGCAGCAGGGGGGGCAGCGGGGCAGAGAAGCGAGUGCUGUUCCUGAAUGGCUUGGGAGCGGGGGAGAGGAGGGGGUGUGUGAGUGCUCAACGCCUUGACGCGUCAGAAGAUGGAGAUGUUGUGGAAGUGCAGGGGGAGGAGCGGGGGAGGGAAGGUGGGGAAGAGGAGAGCAGCAGGGGAUUCAACUCAGCAGCAGUUACACCGCUCCCCCGCGCCACACUGCUGUGGUCCCCUGGCCCUCUGCUGCUGCCCCCCUCUGGCGCCCCACCCUCCCCUUGGCGCUUGGAUGGAGUGGGUGAGAGGGAGGCGGAGAGGGAGGUGGAGAUGGAGGGAGAGGGGAGGGAUAUGCAGGUGGUGAGGGUGGAAGGGAAGGAGGAGGUGAUGGGGAAAGAGCGGGAGGAGGAGGGGGAGGAGGGACCGAUGGGCGAUGGUCCUGAUGUGUGUCCAGGUUCAGCACAAGUCGGGGACAGUGUUGCAGGUGCAUGCCAGCAAGGUCUGGCGGUAGAGCAGGGGAAGGUGGCAGAGCAAGGGGUUGUGGCAGAGCAGGGGACGGUGGAAGAGAAAGAAAUUGUGGCAGAGCAAGAGGCAGUAGCAAGGGAGCCAGGAGCAGCACGAACAGGUGCAAAGGAGGGCGCAGGGAUGCAUGACUCGGCAAGUGCAUUGCCCCUGCAGGCCUCUCACACCCCGCACACCCGCCCUUCCAUGCCAAUCUCUGCUUUGUCAUGUGGUGCUGCCUCCACAUCCAUUCAAGAGGCCAGGAGGCGACUGGCCGCUCCCCGUGAGCUGCCCUUGCGUGUGUUUGGUGAUUUUGUUGCCAAGCAGCGGGAUGCUGCUGUUUCGCCUGACAUGCGGCUGACUAGAGCUGCUGCCUCGCGAUUGCAUUUGACCAAUCAGGAUGAGAAUGAUAGGACGUUUAGGUGA